AGGGGGGGAGGGGGACAUUCGAGUGAGUGCGUAGGCCGGUGAUGAUGAUCGGCGGUGGUAUCGCGACACCUCCGAGCACUGGCAAGCCACUGGCUGCCAUUAACGAAAUGGUUGUCAUCGAUAGCGUUGGUAGUGCUAGUGUUAUUAGUGGCAGUGGUAGUGGCAGUGGUAGCCCAGCCACUGCAUCAACACGUACUAUUAAUAAUAGUAAUAAUAAUAAUAAUAAUGAUACGAGUAAUAAUAAUAUUAAUAAUGAAGGACACGUUGCCAUUGGCAAUAGUGGGGGAAGUAAUGCCGGUAGUAAUGGUGGAAAGUUGUGCUGUCAAGAUGAUGAUAAUGUGACAGCCAGUACUGGUACAACUGUGACGAGACCAUGGGAACCACCAUCACCAACCCUGGGCCAGGGUAGAUCGAGAUUGUUGCAGAUACAUUCGCAUCCACAACAUUCCCAUCAUCAUGGGGGAAUUUCCGGGGUUGCUGCUGCUUCGAUCAUUGAUGGUGUUGGACUUCAGAAUUGCACAGGAGCGUUCUCUGGUAGCAAUAAUGCCGCCGGCGGGGCGUCACGCCAACGACUCUUGGAGCUGUCUCAUGGGCUGGGAGCACUGAGACACUACAACGACCUUGCCAAUCACGUACUUUCCCUAAAUCAACAAGGAGCAGUUGUCACGAAAUUGUUAGGUACACUGAGACCACCUGGCCUCAUUGGUGGUAGUAAGCCGAAAGUUGCGACUCCAGCUGUUGUCUCCAAGAUCGAGCAGUACAAGAGGGAGAAUCCAACGAUAUUUGCAUGGGAAAUUCGAGAGAGACUCAUAUCCGAAGGUGUCUGUAGUAACGCAACAGCUCCAUCAGUGAGCAGCAUAAAUCGAAUUCUCCGAAAUCGUGCGGCAGAACGUGCAGCAGCGGAGUUCGCCCGAGCCGCCGGUUACGGGUUGUACGCCGCCGGACCUCACCCCUAUUUUAACUCAGCCCAUCAUCAUCCCUCGUCAUCGCAUCACUUGCCGACAGGUUGGCCAACGCCCGGAGCGCCUGGACAUCCCUGGAUGAUGCCACCACUGACCUCUGGACUAUCCGGAGCUUCCGCUCUCUUGCUACCUCCGUCAUUAAGUCCUGGAGGUGCCGGUGGAUCCACCACCGUCGCUGGUAGCCCAGAGCAUGCAUUGCAUGCCGAUGCCAUUGCUCGGGGCUAUCUCCAAGACGAGGGUGACGAUGGUAGUCUUGACGGAUCUGAGCAACCAAAGUUCCGUCGGAACCGAACGACCUUUAGUCCUGAGCAGCUGGAAGAGCUUGAGAAGGAAUUUGAGCGCUCUCAUUAUCCCUGUGUAUCGACUCGCGAAAGAUUAGCAUCGAAAACAUCGCUUUCGGAGGCGCGUGUCCAGGUUUGGUUUUCCAACAGACGGGCAAAAUGGCGGCGCCAUCAGCGAAUGAAUCUAUUGAAACGUUCCCCACCGCCCCAGCUACCACCGCCAUCAGUGGCAACAACCCCAGGAUCCCAUACAACGAGUGGAUUGGAUAUUCCCCGUACACCGAGCUGUACAAUCGGCGGAAUGGGCGGCGAAAAUAGUGCGUUCAGAGCUGUUGUCACAACAACAAUGGGACAAGAUGGUGUUAAUAAAACAUGUGAACGUAAACCAAGUGCUUUUAGAAUGAUAAGUCAAUUAGUUGGUGAUGAUCCACCUGUCAAUGUUAAUCCGAGUAAGAGUCCAGAAAGUGGUAAAAGAUCUCGUGGCUCACUCUCUAUGGAGGUUGAUUCGCCGGAUGAUGAGGAUGAGGAAAUUGAUGUACAGGAUUCCGAUCAGGAGCUUGCAUCAUCACCGGUUGUCUGGAGAGAUACUUGGACUGAUCAACAACCCCUCGAACUUACCAAACACGAUCGUUGAAAUUUUCUUUUUUUUUAUUCAAAUGUUGAUAUAUAUUUUACAUCGAUGCAUUGUUUUAUUUGCUUACGAUACGUGUACAAAAUCAAAAAGCACAAAACUGUCAAUAAUUCUACUAUCAUUCUGACGAAAAC